CUCGCAAAGUUGGAAAAACAGUAAGGAUAUCUGGGGUGGUUCUGUCAACAACGGAAACUGGGCCAGUUACACAGCGCGCAGUUUAGAGGCUGUCACAAUGAAAUUUCUCACCGCAUUGCUUGUGGCAACGCUUACCGGGCUGUUGACGCGCGGGAGCCGCAAUCCAUAUUUUAUUGGGAAAAUGGUGAUUGUGAACGGAACAUGUCGAUACCGUGGAUAUGGCAUACCUGAGGCUGUUUGCUUGGACUUAUCAAUACCCUGUAUUAGCGUGUGUUGCAAGGCAAAAAAGUCGCAGCUUGUACUGACAGGAUGUCCGGCUCCAAAAAGCUUUACUGGUACAGUGCGUGAGCGAGACCCUUUUUGGCCUUCGUGCUGCAUUAAUUGGCCAACCUCGCCAGUGGCUUCGCUAGUUGAAGAACGUUCAUUAGCCACUGAAGAUGAACAUCUUCACGUGUCUUCAUAUCGGUACAGGAGCUGGAACUAAAAGACAGACGAGGGCUAUAACUGUCGUUCUGCUAGCGUAGCCAAGUAGAAUAGAAUACAAGUCCAUAAAAACACGUUCUCUGCUUCUCAUGCAAGGGGAGAUUGGUUUAAAAUUAGAAAAUCCGUUCGCCAGUUGAUAGCAAAGACACCACUUCUGUGAAGUACCAGUGACCCUUUUCAAUAUACCAUAUACGAAGACAUAUAAUAACUGACGCAACUCUCAUCUGUUUAGAUACUUCUGAAUUUUGGACAAUAUAAACAAAUGCAAAUGUUACCGCUAUCAUA